AACGUUCGCGCCUCAGUCUGCAUCGAGCGUUCAGACGGUUUGGUUUGGUUCAGUUUUUCUCUGCCAGCGGUUAGCCGCCCCAAAAAUAAAAACAAAAAAACACAACGAAGCUAAAAGGCAACCUUUAAGCAGAAAAAAUACAAAAUCUUACUAACUCUGGGCCGCGAAAAUUAUCGGCCGGUGUGAACUAUUGUCCGCUAAUUGGAAAAUAACGAUUCGAAAUUUGGCAAUUAAUCGAAAAUAAAGUGCAACGAGGAUUGGCCGACUGCCAGCGGCAUAUUGGCAUUAUACCUGAAAAUCAAAUAAAUAUAAUCCAAAUACAAUAAAGGAAACGUUAGCAGCUAAUUCGCAUUUGAUUAGUUUCUGUUUCUGUCCCGAUUCGAAAAUUACAAUUUGAUUGCGUGCAUCAUCUGGAAGCGAAGCAGAAAGUGCGGUGGAGUGGUCAUCAAAACAUCGGAUUACAGCGCUAUAAAAUUGGAUAUAUCCCACUGAAAUACAUAAUCGAAAUGCUGGUGAGACAUUUGAACAGCCUGCCUUGGGCUUUGCUGGCAAUUCUCCUGCUGGCCGCCCUGAAGCUCCAUGUCGCCAAUGCGGAGUCAUCGAGUGGGGAACACAAGGGAGCAGAGGAGGAGGUGGACAGCGCCAGCACGGAGAGCAACGAGAUCAUUCCCAGGGAGGCCAUUCAAAAGUUGGACUACUCGGUGAGGCAGGCUUUACUGCGGGCCAUUGACAAAUUGGAGCAGGAGGAGGCGGCUGCCACGGAAAGUGGAGAGGAGAGUCAGAGUCCCAGCAGCAGUGGCUCCCGAUCCCUGCUCCUCCGCACAGAGACCACAACGCUGCCAUCGCAUCGGGAGAAGGAUGAGAUUCUGGAGGAGAGCACCCGGGGCAACGAACCGGAGCCAGUGGUGCCCACGGUCCAGUUCUACACGGCCACCUUCGACGAGAAGAAUGCCCAGGAGCAGCUGCUCUCCUCCUUCAUCGAUCGCUCCAAGCUGUGGAAGAAGACCACGAUUCGGAAACAGAACUCUCCAGCUGCCAUUUCCCUGCCCCUCGAACCCAAGUCCGUGGAGGCCGAGGGUCCGGAGAAUCGCCAGCUCACCCGGAGUGUGGACAGCUCCAGUUCCGGAUCCGUGAGCAGCAAUGAGAUCUCCCACGACAGCGGCAGUCACGAGAUCAAAUUCGAGAUCAGCAAUCUGAGGAAGGCGACCACGCCCACCACGACCACGUCCUCGAGUACGACCACAACCACCACGCCGAGACCGCGCACCACCAGACGUCGCACCACCACGACAACGACGACCACCACCACGACCACGCCGCGACCCACCCACAACGAGGAUGGGGAGAACAUCGAGCUGGUGGACAAGCAGGACAUUCGCAUCCAGGAAGCGCCACUGGUGACCGCCUUUACCGUGGAUCUGGACGAGCGGGGCACGGCCCAAAAGUUCCGCCCACUGCUGGCGGGCAACCAGCGCACCACCAGCAAUUUCGCAGCACCGCCACAGCAGCAGCACCAACAGCAGCAGCUGCCGCACAUCGGACCCACCAUCACCAAGCUGAAUGUCUUGGAAUCGGAGCCACCGGCCACUCCGCUGCCCACUCAGUUUCCACCCACAAGCGGCAGCAGCACCACCACCACCACCCAGGUCAGCACGAGCACCAGCACCACUGCCGGCGGCGGUUUCUCCACCACUCCUGCCUUCCUGGCCAGCUCCACCAGCAACUAUGUGAAGCAGGAACCCCUGAACAAUCUGGCAGAGCCGCCCAGUGUGAAUAACUAUCUUAUUGAGCGUCAGCGGGCUCUGGAGCAGCAAAUCUACCAGCUGAAGGUUCAGGCGCAGCAGCAACAGGCUCUCAUCCUGCGACAACUAAAGCUUCUAGAGGAGCAGACCCAAAGUCGUUUCCAGGGCAGUCCGAUUGCCCAACCCAGCACAUUGCAGCCACAGCAGCAACAGCAGCAGCAACACCUCCAGCAGCAGCAACAACAGCAACAGCAACUGCCACAGGUACAGCAGCAACAUGGUUCGCUGGAGGCCAUUCAGGCGGGCCUGCAACCGCCCUCUUUGGGCGGCGGUUACUCCAUAAGACCUUCGGUGGAAUUUAUACCCAGCACACAUACCAAGACUGUUAUUUAUCCCACAUAUCCAAUUGAGCAGCAAUUGCCGCUGCGCGAUGCCGUUGCGGGUCAUAAAUUCGCCCUGCACAAUGGCAACCUAAACGCGAAUAACUAUCAGAAGCCGCCGGCGAAUGCGGUGCAGCAGAUUUUCCAAAAUUUGCAGCAAUCUCUGCAGAAAUCGAACGAAAACCCCCAGGUCCAGCCCUCCAAUCAGUUCAACUUUGCACCGGCCGAGGCGUCGCAACUUCAGGCCUUGCCCCAUAACAAUUACAAGCCAUUUCAGCAGCAGCAGCAGCAACAGUUGUUGGUACCCAACUACGUCAGCAAUGCGGUGUUUCAACAGCAACAGCAACAGAGGGCUCGGCAAUUCCGCCAGGAGACGGGAGUGGGCAACUUUGGCCUGAAUACCAACGUGGAGAUCCAGCCCAGCAACUCCUUUGCCACCACAAUUGUUAGCCAGCAGCCUGGAAUAAAUAACAAUCCCAAUCUGGAGAAUCAGAACUUCUACAGGCAACAUCUGACGCCUCAGUUGAGCAACCAGUUGCAGCAGAACGCCCAGCAAUAUCUGCAGCAGCAACAGUUGCAGCAACAGCAACAGCAACAGCAACAGCAGCAGCAACCUAAAGCCAGCGGCGACAUUAGUCCAGCUCUCAACCAUGGGAUACCGCAGUUCGCCUCACAAAACCUGCACUUCAACGGGGCCUUUUGAGCACUUGCACCACCAAAAAGCACCACAACCACCACCACCAACAGCACCACCAUCCCGCACCACCAACUCGAACUCCAAACACCUCCUGCUCCUGAGUCCUUUUUACCCAGAAUCAAUAUCUACCGCCCCACACGUUGACUUAAGUUUUACGUAAAGCAUCUUUGUAAAUAUACAUUUUAUUUUAAAACAUAAGCAUCGAUCUAAGAGAAAUAUAUAGAAGAGAGCAGGAUGCAAGAUCCGCAGGAUGCGAGGAGGAAUUUAUGGUGAGGCAAUUGGCAGAGCAAAGUGUUGAAAUGUAACAAUUAUUUAUUUUCUUGUGAAUAAAGUUUAAAGUUUAUAUUAAAGUACAA